GGUCUUUCUUCUAGGUACAUUUGGAGAAACAGGGGAGAACCUGAUCCGAGUGUGGGUACAUGUAUCGUAACCACAUUAGACUGCAUACGCAGAAGUUGGUACCCACCUACCUAAAGUAACCUUAGAACUCCAGCGCUAUCUCUAAGUGGCGACUACCUACUACAGCUCUUCCAAAACGAGGCGACAUCAUACAUCCGGCAGGCUAAGAGCUGAAGAUCUUCAGGCACUGGCAGUUGCAAUCCAAAUGCAGUAUCACACUCUCUUUUCUUCCCAUGAUGAUUUUAAAGUUCAACCUCUUAUUUCAAUUAAGAUUACAAGCGACAUAAGCCGGCGGAAUAAUCAAACCGUUUAGGGGAAUCUCAACUUCAAUUAGACUUAUUUCUGGUACCAAUAUAACGAUAUUGCCCGCCAAAAUGGCGGCUGAGGACAACCAAGAAAAUCCCGAGGAAGCAGAUAUUCUGAAAGAAACAAGCUUCAAAGGGAGGCUUCAAUUGAAGGAUUUCAUGUAUGCAGGAACAGGAUCCGACCCAUCGUCAUUGUCACCAAGGCGUAGCCAAAGACUGUCAGCGCCUCAGUCUGCCGCUUCAUCGCAGUCCUCGUCAGCAAUACCAACAUCGCCUCUGAAAUCUAAAAAGCGAAAAAUAAAAUCAGAAGCAUCAGAUACAGAGGACAACACCAAUAGCACCAAUGGAUAUAAAUCUAAAUCCAAAAAAUCCACCACCAAAACGUCCACCCCAUCACCCAAAAAACGCAUCCGCAAACCCUCCUCCUACGCCCCGCCCUCAACAUACGCACACCUUCCCCUCCUCCCAGACGCCCUAGCACCAAACCUGCUCAUUCUCUUCAUCGGUCUAAACCCCGGGAUCCGCACAGCGCAGACCGGACACGCAUACUCACACCCAUCAAACCUAUUCUGGAAGCUCCUCCACAGCUCCGGCAUAACACCCAUCCGAUGCCGCGCGCACGAGGACCAAUCGAUGCCGGCGCGGUACGCGCUCGGCCACACUAACAUCGUGGCGCGCCCCUCGCGCAACGGCGCGGAACUGAGUAAGGGGGAGAUGGAUGAGGGUGUUGCGGUGCUGGAGGAGAAGUGUAGGAGGUGGAGACCCGAGGUUGCUUGUGUGGUUGGGAAGAGUAUUUGGGAGAGCGUGUUUCGCGUUCGUCAUGGACGUGCGAUUGGGAAGGGUGAGUUUAACUAUGGGUGGCAGGAGGAGAGGAUGGGGGUUGUGAAGGAGGGUAAGGAGGUUAAUGGGGUGAAGGAGGAGCCGUGGGAGGGAUCGAGGGUUUUCGUGGCGACUAGUACGAGUGGACUUGCGGCUACGCUGAGGCCGGAGGAGAAGGAGAGGAUAUGGAAGAUUUUGGGCGAUUGGUGCGUCCAGAGGAGGAAGGAGAGAGCGGAGGUGAAAAAAGAAGACGAUGGCGAAGCUCUUGUUAAGGACGAGCCGCUUGACACGAAAUAAAGAAUGUGUCCCAGCGCUUACCGGGGAGGCCAAUAGCAUAUAGCGACGUUUGCUGAUUCAUUUGUGGGAGAUACCCCUUGCAGAUAUAUACCGUUUACUCGGUCUGAAUUGCUUCGCGAGCAGAAAAUCUAUGCUCAGCUUAUUUAAUUAUAUAACCC